AUUCAACACUCUGGGUCCAACCUCCAGACGCUGGGCUGUGGGUCAAGCGAGCCACCUCUGCUCUUCCAAGUGUCACUCUGACAGGUUCUUCCGGAGGAGAUCUUUCUUUUGUUAACCCAUCCUUUUCAUCCAAAUGGCACCAAAGAAAGACGUGAAGAAGCCUGCUGCUGCCCCUGCCCCAGCCCCGGCCCCGGCCCCCGCCCCAGCCAAACCUAAAGAAGAAAAAAUCGACCUGUCUGCUAUUAAGAUCGAGUUCUCUAAGGAGCAGCAGGAUGAAUUCAAGGAGGCGUUUCUCCUGUUUGACAGAACAGGAGAAAGCAAGAUCACCUUAAGUCAAGUGGGAGAUGUCCUCCGGGCUCUGGGCACAAACCCCACCAAUGCGGAGGUCAAGAAGGUUCUGGGGAACCCGAGCAAUGAAGAGAUGAAUGCUAAGAAAAUUGAGUUUGAACAAUUUCUGCCCAUGAUGCAAGCAAUCUCCAACAACAAGGACCAGGGAGGCUAUGAAGAUUUUGUUGAGGGCCUGCGUGUCUUUGACAAGGAGGGCAAUGGCACCGUGAUGGGUGCUGAGCUCCGCCAUGUCCUUGCCACUCUGGGUGAGAAGAUGAAGGAGGAAGAAGUGGAAACAUUGCUGGCAGGCCAGGAAGACUCCAACGGCUGUAUCAACUAUGAAGCUUUUGUCAAGCACAUCAUGUCUGUCUAAAUGGAGUUUUCAAGAACACAGUGUUUGGAAAGACUGGCCAGAAUGUCAGUUCAAGAAGACCCAUGGCUAACUGUCCAUAUCUUCUUACCACUACCCAGAAGAUCAAAGCAAUCUAGACCAUUCUAGACUGAAGGAUUCCCUCAGUUUUUAUAAGCCUUGAGUUUUUCAUUACACACAAAUCAGGCAUCCACUGUUCUAGGGGAGAUGAAUAAAUAUUGAUAUCCAGUCCAAGCAUCCCUUUAUCAUCUACUUGGGUCCACAACAUUCUUAAAACACUACAUCAAUAAACUUGGUCAGUCUGGAAUA